AUGAAAUUUACUAUUAUUACAAUUAUUUAUUCAAUUGGGAUUUGUUGUGUCCUUGCUGCUCCUAUCGAUGAUUCUCAGAAUGCACAAAUCAUAAGAUCAGAUUUCGAUAAUAUCGGUGUCGAUGGUUAUAGAUUUUCCUAUGAAACUAGUGACGGUAUUUCACGUCAAGAAGAAGGUCAAUUAAAAAAUCCUGGUACAGAACAAGAAGCAAUUUCAGUACGCGGAUCAGUAUCAUGGGUUGCUGAUGAUGGUCAAACAUAUACAUUAACAUAUGUUGCAGAUGAGAAUGGUUAUCAACCGGAAGGAGCACAUUUACCGCAGCCUUAA